AUGAUCGUGGCCCUCUUCACGAAGACCCGCCUUAAGCAUGGAAUCUUCAUUCUGGAGUUGCGGAGCUACGGAUGGAGAUUCAUUCGCUAUGCAGAUGCCACAAGCGUUGUGGCCAUGACCAACAUCUAUUCUCAGCUCAAGGACGAUCACUUAGAGGAGCAUCUCAAGAAAAGGACGGCGAAGCUCGGAUACAUCGGACACCCCGUGGACGGCGACGCAGCGACCAACACAGCGAUCGGCCCAUUUGUCGCAGACGAGUGA